AGAGGGACUUCAAGAAGUGUUUUGCCAUUUUAAAAAAGCGCCAUCAGCCCAUAUAUGUGAGUUUCACUUUCAGCAGCAGUCUCCGCGCCUCUCUGUUCAGCCGCAUUGUUUUAAGAUGACGCCGCAAAAUGACAACUGCAACACUUAUGAGGAAGCUCGCAAUCUUCGCCUUGAGGAAAACAAAAGGCGAUUGAAUGACUUGGGCAUUUUAAACUUAUCAAAAACUCUGUCUACUCUCACUGCUCCUGACAACAAAACCAAUCAAAGCCUUUCAAAACCAACAUCACAAACUGCUGAGGUGAUUGAACCGAGACGCUCUUCCCGAAAUCGAAAGACAGUUAGUUCCAAUGGGAAUGAUGCGGACAUCUUGGAGAAACCUUUGCGUGAGAGAUCUAGAGCAAGUUCGUCAUCAUGUGCUAGCUAUGCUGCAAGGCCAUCGGAUGAAGUUAAAGUUGCAUCUUAUGAAGAUCGGAUUCAAGCUCUUGAAGUUGCAGAAGAAUUCCAAAGUUGUUUGCAAUCUGGAAAUCCAUCUUUUGUCAAAUCAAUGGUGCGGUCUCAUGUUUAUAGCUGUUUCUGGUUGGGGCUCCCUACUGAUUUUUGCAAGGACCAUCUUCCAGAAGAAGAAUUGGAAUUGAUACUUGAGGAUGAAAAUGGUGCCACAUAUGAUGCUAAAUAUCAUUUCCGUUUGACUGGGCUCAGGGGUGGUUGGAGAGAAUUUGCAUUGGAUCAUAAACUGGAUGAUGGUGAUGCAGUUGUAUUUGAAUUGGUACAGAAAGACAGGUUUAAGGUUUACAUUUUUAGAGUAUCGUCUCUGCAGUCCUCUGAAACAGAUACCAUCGAUAUUAAAGAUAAAGACCGAUCUCCAGAAAAGAAUGUCUCGGAAGGGCGAAGAAAGACAGCUCGGCAUUCAGAUAAGUCUCGGAAGUCGAAAAAAGCUAAAGCAAGUAAUGUUGACGAGUUCUCUGAUACUGAAGAACUCGAACCAGAAAAUGAUAUGACAGGUGAAGAAAUAUAAGAAAACGCAGAAUCAAUUGAGCAAAACGGUUUUGUUGCUGAGGAUAUGAACAUAAUCGAGAAAAACAGUUGUGCUGCUGAAAAUGAAUAUAAGAACAUGGAAGGAGAAAAACGACAGUUUUGCUAAAUAGGAACACAGAAAACAUAGAUUCAGUUGAGUAAGAUAAUUUUGUUGCUGUAGAGGACAGCAAAAAAAAGGAGAAGAUAAAUUCAGUUAACAAAAAGGACAAAGCAAUAAGGUUUCUGAGGAAAAGUUGAAUUGCAGUUUCGGUUUCUAUGGUGAAGUUAAUAUUUCAAUUUAACUUCAUCUACAUGUAGUAGACAUUGGACUUUAAGUUGAUGUCAAAGUAGUUGGGGGCAUUUGAUACCCAACUUAAUGUUUAACAGUAUAUAAAUAGUUAGAAUGAAUUUUAUAUUUUUUAGAAAUUUUUAUGAAAUUUCAUAAAA